AUCUGUCUCUGUUUCUCUCUCAAGUUACCUGUUUCUGCAUCUCAAGUCAACUUGUUUUUGCGUCUCUCUCUCUCUAAAGUUACCUGCUUCUUGCGCUCUCAACUUCUGUUGCUGCGUCUCUCUCCCUUUCUCUCAACUUCUGUUACUGCCUCUCUCCUCUCUCUCUUUCUCACACUCAAACACACACAAACACGCACACAAUGGGCCAAGUACGCCUUCAAGACAGUGGCCAGAGUCCCAUGCCUCAAAAUUCAGAUAACCCAUCAUCAGAUGAACCUACCCCUCCUCCAUCACAAGCCAUUGUAGUCUAUGACCAACCCCCUCCUCCGGUUCCUUUUCCGCCUCCUGUUCGAUUCCCAGUGAAAAAUCAUGAUUCCGACCAGUUUUCUGGCAGUGUGUCCGGGACUAUGGCCCCUACAGGGACUGGAGAACAUCGACCGCAGGAUAAUGAAGUUCAGGAGAUCGGCAACCCUUGGACGACUGGCCUCUUUGACUGUGAGGAUCACCCAACAAGUGCUCUGGUAACUGCAUUUUGUCCGUGUGUGACGUUUGGCCAAAUCACAGAGGUUCUGGAUAGUGGUGAAACAACAUGUGCCAUGAACUGCCCCCUUUACGCACUUCUAUCUGUAGCAAUGUGCAACCAUUGGAUUAUGGCAACCAUUUAUAGGAAGAAAUUGAGAAAAAAGUACAAUUUGGUGGAGGCCCCAACUGAGGAUUGGAUUGCACAUUGUUGUUGCCCAUGUUGUGCCUUGUGUCAGGAGUUUAGAGAGCUAAACAACAGGGGACUUGAUCCUUCACUAGGGUGGAAAGGGAUUCUGGCUGAGCAGAAGCAAAAGCAACAACGGCAACAAGUUCAAACAAAUCCACCAAAAGACCAGUCCAUGUCAAAUUGAGUUGAUGACCCCAAUAAUAACUCUGAACUCCUAUGAGAUAAUUUAAGUGUGAAAUCAUCUCAUAGGAGAGUCCAAAAAUGUCAUGCCAAAAAGAAAAUAUUUUGGUUUGUUUUAUUUCUUGUGUUAGCAAAACAUAGUGCUCUGUAGAAGUCAUUUUAACCUAAGUUCCAAAAAGAAAAAAAAAGUCAUUUCCAUUUUGAACUUUCAGUGACAAUGGUAUACGCUUGGGUUUAUUUAGAGAUAGGAGGUCCAAAAACGAAUCUGAUUCUUGCCAAAAUACAAAUGUUUUGGCAACCCAUUUAUUUAUUAGGAUUGUAUGUAAUGAGAAACAUUUAUCUUUAUUACAAGGAGGUAAUGGCAAUGCAGUAUCAAGGGCAACAUGAUAGCUAAGCGUGUAAACCAGGCGGUCGGGUCCAGGUCGGUUUCGACCCAUUGGAUCAAGUAGGGUCUCAGCCAAAAUAUGAAAAGUCAAAUAUAUAUUAUAUCAUUGAAGGGAAUCCGAAUACACGAGUAUGCAUAUGCAUCCUAUACUAAUUUGGAUGCAUGUAUACCUGAUAUCACAUACAAACACAUAUUAAUAUGCACAUACAAAGUUUCUCUCAUGUGUACAUAGGCAUCUGGUCAACCAACUGAUCCCGAUCCCACUGCUAUCAGUGAGCCGAGUGCCCAUUGGCAUGGGCCAUUAAUUACAUAAAUCCAAUAUAUGAUGAUCCCAAGUUGGACGCCAGAAGUUAAAAGAGCUUUGAAAAGAAUGAAGAUAGGAAAAAUUUUAGGAUAAAAUGGUAUCCCUAUAGAGGUUUAAAAGUGCAUGGAGGAGAUUGGCUAUAGAGGUUUAAAAGUGCAUGGAGGAGAUUGGCAUUGACGAGCUGACGAAGUUGUUCAACAAGGUUUUGAAAAUAAAAAAAAUGCCAAACGAAUAGAGGAAAAGUAUUGUGGUAACUAUUUAUUAGAACAAAUAAGACAUACAGAAUUGUGAGAACUAUCGAAGGAUCAAGCUUAUAAAUCAUACUAUGAAGCUCCGGAAAAGAGUGAUUGAACAACGACUACGACAUAAAACGAAUAUCUGAAAACCAAUUUGUUUUGGCUUUAUGCCAGGACAACGACCGAGACUAUUUUUCUACUUAGGCAACUAAUUGAAAUGUUUAGAGCAAAGGGAUAAGACUUCCACAUGAUCUUUAUUGACCUAGAGAAAACUUAUAAUAGAGUACUUCAAGAUUUGAUUUGGAGGGCAUUGGAAAAGAAGUAAGUCUGUAGACACUACAUCGACUUGGUGAGAGAUAUAUACAAUGGAGCGCUAACUAGUGCACAAACAACUAGUGGAGAUAAAUAAGUUUUCAGUGACAAUAGGUCUACAUCAAGAAUCAAUAUUGAGCUCAUACCUGCUGGAUGAAGUACCGUGGUACAUGUUGUUCAUAGAUGAUAUAGUUUUGAUUGAUGAGACCCGAAACGGCGUCAACACAAAGUUUUAACUUUGAACGGAUGCUCUAGA